AUGACUUCAGCCAAAUCGGCAUUUGGUGCUUCACCUUUCGGAGCUAGCAGUGCUUCGACUAACAGUUUCGGAGCACCUGGAUUCGGCAGCGCUUUCUCCGGCACAUCUGCUGGUAAAUUAAGCAGCUUCGCAUCUCCCAAUGCUCCCGCAUUGUUCGGCGACACCAAAGACAAGACCCUCGGUGCUACGCAACCUGACGACGAAAGCGACAAGGAAGCUGACGAUGAAACUAAUGACACCUUUGUGGCCGAAAAGACCGAUGAACGAUUCCACGAAAAGACCGGUAGGAGCCCAUCCCUACUGGCGGAUCCCAAGGACCCCGUGAUGAAGUGUUACUCACCCCUUCAUGAACCCACAGUCGAAACCGGCGAAGAGAAUGAGACCACCGAAUUCACGGCCAAGGGCAAGUUGUACUACUUUGACGACAAGAAAUGGAAGGAGCGUGGUGCUGGCACCUUCAAAGUUAACUCCAAGUCGGACGAAGGAAAGGUCUCUGCCCGUAUGAUUAUGCGUGCCGAUGGUGCCCAUCGUGUUAUGUUGAACAGUGCGCUUUGGUCGACCAUGCCAUUCGGCGUCAAGGGUGCACGCCCCACUAGCCGCGACAUCUAUCUGGCUAGCAAGGAAGAUGCCAAGGUUUCGACCCUGCUUCUUCGCCUCGGCAGCGACAAGCAGGCCGGGGAGCUUUACGAUGUUCUCGAGGAUCUGUUGAAGCGGAUCAAGUAA